AUGGACUACGCCGACCUUAACAAGGCAUGCCCGAAAGACAACUUUCCCUUGCCAAGAAUUGAUCAGCUCGUAGAUUCAACUUUCGGUAACCAACUACUAAGCUUCAUGGAUGCAUACUCCGCACAUAUUGCUACCUUUGGGUUAAAGAACGCAGAAGCAACGUACCAGAAGCCUGUGAACAAGAUUUUCAAAAAGUAUAUCGGCAAGACUAUAGAGGUCUACGUAGACGACAUGCUAGUCAAAGCUCUCCAACAAGUAGGUCACAUCAAAAAUCUUGCCGAAGGCAUUAGCCUACUUCGAAAGUACCACAUGAAGUUGAACCUGAGGAAGUGCACGUUUGGAGUCUCAUCUAGCCAAUUUUUGGGAUUCUUAGUCACCCAAAGAGACAUCGAAGCACAUCCAAAUCAAACCAAUGUCAUCCUCAACAUGAAGUCGUCUGCCACGACAAAAGAGAUACAAAAUCUAAUGGGCAGAGUUGCAGCUCUCAACCGAUUCCUUUCAAUAUCCACCGACAAGUGCAAGCCAUUCUUAAAUGCCUUGAUGAAAGGACAAAGAGAUAAGUGGGAUGAAAAGUGCGAAGUAGCUUUUCAAAACUUGAAGACCUACCUCACUUCACCUCCCAUGCUCUCAAAACCUGUACCAGGAAAAGAUUUGUUUGUCUAUCUGGUCGUGUCCAACUUAGCAGUCAGAUCAGCUCUCAUCCAAGAAGAGCUGAGGACACAACAUCCUGUAUUCUACCAUUCGAAAGCCCUCCUCAAUGCAGAGACUCACUAUCCGAAAAUGGAGAGGCUCAUUAUGUCCCUUAUAGUUUCUGCGAGAAAGUUAAGACUACUACCAUGCUCGCCGAAUCAUCAUCAUGACAUAUUUUAUGUUGAGAUCGUAGUUGAAUUUGGAACAUGA